CUUGCAAGUUUCCACCUGUUCUGUAUGAGCGCUGCAGCUGCUGCAUGUAAGGUGCAAGGAAUCCACGCCAAAGGGAAAUAAAAGAUUUGAAGAGAGGAUCACCGUGUGUGAUAGAGGGAGGGACUACAAGUGUGUGUGUGUGUGUGUGUGUGUGCGUGCAUAAUAUUCCUUCUUCUUUCUUUCCCGACGGGACUCCACGCUCGGAGCAGGUAGAGCAUCUCUGAAGUCUGACAAGUCUGCAGGCGAACUUCUCACACAGAACGUUCGCAGGCCCAGCUUCUGCUGUCCACAGUGUCCGGGAUGAGUUACUACGUGGAUCCAGUUUCUUCCUAUCCGGCCCUUCACCCCUGUGACCGUCCGGGCGCGAUGAAGCAGAGCGGAGGGGUUGCCAUCGGCCCCCAGUUGCACCUCCCUGCCGUGGUCCACCCUCAGCAGCCACAGUACUACCCUUCACAGCCGCUCUACCCCCAGGAUGUCCCCCUGCAGGAGGUCCCCAAUGGCCACGACAUGUGCCCCACAGAUCCGGAGUGUGGCGAUAUCCCUUUGCUAACUCCCGGAAGCAAAGAGAUGAUGUCCCAAGCUCUGAAGGCCACAUUCAGCGGCUUCACCAAAGAACAACAGCGGCUGGGCAUCCCCAAAGACCCCAGACAGUGGAGCGAAAACCACGUGGCAGCAUGGCUAACGUGGACCGUGAACGAGUUCAGCCUAAAAAACGUGGACUUUGACAAAUUCCGCAUGAACGGCGGCAGCCUGUACGCUAUGGGCAAAGAGCGCUUCCUGGACUUGGCGCCUGACUUCGUGGGCGACAUCCUUUGGGAGCAUUUAGAAAUGCUUCAAAAAGAGGAUACAAAGCAUUACCCCAACAACGGACUGACCUCCAACUUCCAGGAAUCCCGUUAUACCUCAGACUACUUUGUCAGCUACGGCGUCGAGCACGCCCAGUGCGUCCCCCCCUCCGAAUAUUCUGAGCCAAGCUUCAUCACAGAGUCCUACCAGACUCUUCACCCCAUCAGCUCGGAGGAAUUGCUCACGCUCAAGUAUGAGAGCGAGUACCCUGCCGUCAUCCUGCGGGACACACCCCUCAACCCCCUGCAGGGAGACUACUUCUCUGUCAAGCAGGAGGUUGUGUCCCCUGACAACAUGUGUGUGGGUCGGCUGAGCAGAGGUAAACUCGGCGGGCAGGACUCUUUCGAGAGCAUCGAGAGCUUCGAGAGCUGCGACCGGCUGACACAGUCGUGGAGCAGCCAGUCGUCGUUCAGCAGCCUACAGCGGGUGCCGUCGUACGAUAGCUUUGACUCGGAGGACUACCCCACGGCGCUGCACGGCCACAAGCCCAAGGGCACCUUUAAGGACUACGUGAGGGAACGCUCAGACCUCAGCAAGGACAAACCCGUCAUCCCCGCCGCGGCACUUGCCGGAUACACAGGCACGGGGCCGAUCCAGCUGUGGCAGUUUCUGCUGGAGCUGCUGACCGACAAGUCUUGCCAGUCCUUCAUCAGCUGGACAGGCGACGGCUGGGAGUUCAAGCUUUCCGACCCAGAUGAGGUCGCCCGGAGGUGGGGCAAGAGGAAAAACAAGCCCAAGAUGAACUACGAGAAGCUGAGUCGCGGCCUGCGCUAUUACUACGAUAAAAACAUCAUCCACAAGACGUCGGGGAAGCGCUACGUGUACCGCUUUGUCUGUGACUUAAAAAGCCUGCUGGGCUACACCCCCGAGGAGCUGCACGCCAUGCUGGACGUAAAGCCCGACACGGACGAGUGAACGUAGAAAAUCUUAAGCAUCAUGAGACAGUGACGCCACGUGGACUCGUAAAGCGGGGGGA